AUGAAUCAAACAUCGAACCGGCGCCCCAAGGCAGGAGGGGUCAACCCCUUGGAUACGGUUGCUCGCCGCGCCUAUCUCAGGGCGUUUCUCCAGUAUCAUAGGAUCUGGGAUGGGCCGAGUUGGGAAAAGUUCUUCAGAGAGGCCGAGGAAUGGAUGUGCGGUGCUCUCACCCAGAAGGGCUACCGGUCGAUCUCGUUGGUGUUCUUCGACCACUCGGUCGAUGAAUAUGCCUGGGAAAAGUACCUCGCCGGGUUCAAGUUCGAGGACCCUUAUGAGCGUUGCUGGCCUUGGAAGAUCGAACCAGAGGCCAAGAACAUGGCUGGUGGCAUCUGCCACUUCUACAAGAACUGGCGAGAGCAGAAGGGCAUGAUGGUGGAUGGGCCGCAUGUCCAAGCGCCUACCAUCGACCCAAUGGUCGCAUACGCCUCCAACUCGGCUUAG